GAACGCUCUUCCGGGUUAUUUUGUGUUUACCUGCGAUGACCAUGGCUGCAGAAGGUGACUUCUUGGCGAGAUACCGCGCUGUGUCGAAUAAGCUUAAAAAACGUUUUCUUCGGAAGCCAAAUGUCGCGGAGGCCAGUGAGCAGUUUCGCCAGCUAGCCAAAGAGCUUAAACAACAGGACUGUCUGCAAUAUGCUGCGUUCUGCAACCUAGCUAUGGCUCGGUGUGAGCAGACUCUGUUUAACGCUCCUGGAGAAGCCCUGGCACUAACUGAUGCCGCUCGUCUUUUUCUUUCCUCUGAGCAAGAGAAUCGGUCUUUGCAGGCACCAGGUUUUGACGAGCACCUUCAAGCUGCACUCAACUGCUACAGUUUUGCCAUUAAGGUCUAUGUUGAAAUGAACCAGCCUGUGAUGGCAGCCAGUUUGUGUCUAGAACUUGGCAAUGCACUAAAAGAGAUGAACCGACCAGGAGAGGCCAUUGUUCAUUACCAGAGAGCGGCAGAGCUGCAAACACAGAUGCCAGUGGAAGCUCUUCUGUCAAUGGGAGAGAUGGCUUCAUGUAAAAUUCUCACACGCGACUACGAUGGUGCAUUGUCCGUGUUUACAGAGAUGCAACUGUCAUGCCAGGAGAGAGGACUGCAACUACCAGGCACUAGCACACCUGUUGGUGCUUUUCUGGACAUUGUGGCAAGAUGCGAGAUCUCCAGAGUACUACUGCUGAUGCUACUUGAGCCUCCGCCCCAGAAGUUGCUACCAGAACAUGCACAAACACUGGAGAGAUACGCAUGGGAGUCUUUUGACCCACACAGCCAAGUGACCUUCCUGCCUGAGAAUGUUUUCCUGCUCCUGCAGUCAGUGGUGAUGGCAUGCCAGGAGAAAGACACAGAGUCCCUGAAGUCUCUUCAGACUGAACUAUGGCCACUGCUGACUGCUGAACAGAAUCACCUCCUCCACCUAGUGGUUCAGGAGCGCAUUACACCGUCUGGACAAGGCAUUUAGUACAGCGCUGUUCUCAUCCGCUUCCUCUGGGAACGAUAGUUAACAUCAUGGAAACAUUCCUGCCUGUGACUGGGUCUGUUCAAAGACCUCAAGAAACACUUUUACUGGAAGAAAAACAAAAUGUAAAACCUUAAAAAAAAAGUUAUUAUAUUAUGUUCACAUUUUUAUUUUGCACUUUUACUCGAGUCUCUUUUACUAAAGCACUUGUCCUCAGAUGCACGUGAGCUUGAGCCUGUCUUGGCUGACUGGUUUAAGAGGCAGGGUAUAUGGGGACUAGUAGCCAAUCCAUUGUUUAGACAACAAUUCAUACUCCCAUCCACACCUAGUACAAUUUAGUGUUCAAUUUGUUUUUGUCAUGCUGCUUGGACACCUUGAUAAACUCACAACAAGCAAAGGGAGAAUGUGCAAAGUCAGAACAGAGGUUUGCUAUAAAGCAGGCAUACCAGUCACUGGGCUAGUAACAUGGGACUUCUGAUAUUUUAGACUGCCCUCUGAUAAUGCUGAUCUUAGUUUGAAGGGAAAAAAAUGAAGACGUGUGUUACUGGUUUUAUUGAUUAUAUGGCUUCACUCCAAUGUAAUUACAAACCUAAUGCAUCAUCUAGAAAUAUGGUAAAAUGAAACACUGUCCUCCUCCAUAUCUGGUUCACAUGUACAAAUUGAUGUACUUUUUAAAGAUAGCAGCCUACUUACAAACAAAAAUGCAAAACAGUUUAAAAAAAAAAAGGAACAUUACAAAAUGUUACAAAAAUAUAAUGGUUACAAUGUACAUGGAUAAAACAAGGAUACACCAUACUUCAAUUAUAAAAUAAAGAUACAUGACAUAAAACUACUUGUCUUUUCAAUUAAGGCUUGGUUUUAAUUGUUCAAGUAAAGCAACAGGGAAGUGUUGCUCACAUGCUGCAAUUUUACACGCUCACAUCUUUCUUGUGGCUGUUGCUAAAAUCCUCAAGUUUCAGGUGGUGGGGGUCAGCAAUUAAACUUAUCAGUUUUAUCGCCCUGGGUUCAUAAUAAUUUGUACUUGAUGGCUUUAUGUUCCAAAAGAGCCAACACUGUGUGACUUAAGGCACAGAUAUGUCACACUUCUGUUUUCUCUGGAAAUAUUUGAUGCAAAAUUUGCCUGAAGUUUGGCUUACCUCAGCGUAGAGGGUAUAUCAUUUUAAAGGUAACAAAAUCCACUUGUAAGACCUUCUGAAUUCUCCUUCUGUGUAAACUAAAAAAACCAAAGACAAAUAUAUUGUUCCCACUUCUCCCAAAUGUUAUGCUAAGCUAACUAGCCACAAGCUAGUAGUGUCACAGUUGACCUAUGCCUGACUUGCCACCAGAUGUCAAAUAGAUUAUAUUACACCAAUAAAUUGAAUUUGUUACUCUAAUUCAUUUGAUAUAUUUAGGUAAUAGUGUGAACUAGCUUGUUAAAAAAAAUCAGAUUACUUCCACAUAGUCCCAUAAAUUCUAAUUUGUUAAGGGAAGAGAAAUUUGCCCCAAAAUUAUACAUACAUAAAUGAGUUAAUUAUCAUGAGGCCAAGAAUUAUUUUAAAUGCCUUUUUAAGUGAUCAGCAACAUUCUUGCAUUUGACUCCCAACAUCAAAUAUUUGUCACAAAUUUGGAGGAUACUUUAACGUCCCAAUUAAGGUAUGUGUUCCCAGAUCCUGGCCUCCGCUGCCUCUUUCUUCUCACUCGCUCUUUUUCCGCAGGACGAGAUAGGUGAUGGCUAAGAGCAGCGUGAGGACAAAUGAGAUCCAGGCCAAGAUGUAGGAGUGUCCGUAUGCUCCCUUUUCACCAGCGUGGAACUCAGCAGUGUAAAUUGAGGCAGCUAUCAUUAUACACAAACCUGCCGACAGAAAGAGAUCACUCAAGACAAUCUGAAGUUAUAACAGGUAACAUCUCACCAAAAGUAUCAAUUAACUAAAGUACAAUUUCUCCAUAUAGUACAGUAGCAUGUCCAAACCUUUUGUAUGCCAUUGAAUAAUGUACUUUUAAUUGGAAUUGACCCGUGACAAUCACUCGGUGGCUCAUGCUUGUUCAAUAAUUUAAAAAAAGAAAAAUCGCCUUGCAUUUUUGUUUUAACUGGGCGUCAAUUAUAUUGAUUGAGGCAUGAAAUUUUGAGGGCCUUUUUGGGAAAGCUCAACCGUUUGCAUGCCACUGUACCAUUUGAGUGGCUUAAUCAUUUACAGCACCUACAGUAUAACAAGCAUUUUUAAUGAGUGAAUUAAGAACAUGUUACAUAGAAAAUCCAGUAUAUAGUUUGUCGAGGCCUACAUCAGUAACUUGGGGUAGAUUUCCUUAGCAUUCGAGAAUAGUAUCUUUUCUCGUAUUUACUGUUUGACUAAAAGGUCAGGUUCCUUCAGUCAGAAGACAUGAAAUUGUGCUGUUUUUUCCAUACAAUCCCAAUUUUUUUGUAAAUGUUGAAAAUAACCCCUCUUGCUCCUUGAUUGUCCAAAGCCGUGUAAACCGGAAUUUUCUCUUAAGAUUGACAGCCGUACAUAGGAUUCCAACAGUUCAAAGCAAGUUAAAUGCAAGACUUUUGAACUCCAUUUGAAUUUAAAUUUAGGCCUAACUCAACAACUAAUUAAAAUUGAAGAAAAAACAGCUGUAUGUCAAGUAGUUUGGUUCAGUCGUUGCUAAAUGUCAUACUCAACCGAAUUGCAUACAAAACCUGAAAGAGUAGCCACUUCAAAAACGCAGAGAACUUCACUUAAGUCGAUUUAAUGUUAAAAAUCAGUUAAAAGUCUUAUUUUUUUUCUUAGGCUACCACAAAAUAAAAGUUUCUGGCAAAGGACCUCCAAAGUCAUGAUUUUCGCAGAAUUUUGUCAGUUUGACAGCGCUAUUGUUUAACUAAGCAUGCAAAUAGACCCUACCCACCGACGUCACAAAAUCACGUGAUCGCUGUAUUGUUCCGCCCCCUUGUCCGUCAUUUUGUGUCUGUAUUAU